ACUUAAAAAAAAUAUAUAUAUAUUAUUUUAUUACCAAUGUAGAAAAGUCUGUAUACAUACAAAAAGUAAAUAAAUAGACAAUGAUAACAUAUGCUAGGGGGUACAACAAACAACACACAUAUUGAUUGUUUUAACAGCUUUCUUAUUGGAAGAAUGUAGAAUGGUCUUAAUGUACUGCUCGAAUUCCUUAUAGAAAACACGGAAGAGUGUUUUUUUUAUUAGUGAAUUUACAUUUAUGAAUAUGACAUUUUACCAUUAGCAUAAUUAGAUUUAUGGGGUAAAAUUGUUUUUCUUUGUCUUUAUUAUAGUUAAGGAAACCGAGCAGCACAUUCUCCCAUAAAGAAAGCAAAAGUCAUCAAGAAUAUUAACAGUUAUAAAACUGUGAAUAUCUUUCCAUAAUUGUUUUACAAGUAGACAAUGCCAAAAUAAAUGCAAAACUGUUUCUGGAUGCUCAACACAAAAAGUACAAUCAAUGUUAAUGUAUUUUUUGAGUUUCUUCAGGUUCGCAGGGUAAUACUUAUGGAUCAUUCUGAAAGAGACCUCUUUGACCUUGUUAACAAGCAAGUAUUUGUUUGGUAAUAACCAGACUUUUUCCCAACAGAUAUUAGUGACCAAUGUAUUCCAGUAACUUGUGACAUAAGGAAUGGAUACAAUAUCCCUUUUAAAUAAAGCACGUAUAGAUCUGCUGUUCUGAGGGAGCAAGGAGAAACAUAUUUUCCCUAUUGGAGAGUCCACUGGAUUAAGCGAGGAUAGGUCAAGAAGGUGAGGUCUGGCUUACACCUCUAAAUAACAUGAGAGUUCCAGAUGGAAUAGCAUCAAAGACUAUGGCGAACUCUCUAGGUGUUACAGGGAUAUUGCUCUGCCUGUGAUUAUUAUUAUUUGACCAUGCUGGUCAUUUAUGAACAUUUGAACAUCUUGGCCAUGUUCUGUUAUAAUCUCUACCCGGCACAGCCAGAAGAGGACUGGCCACCCCUCAUAGCCUGGUUCCGCUCUAGGUUUCUUCCUAGGUUUUGGCCUUUCUAGGGAGUUUUUCCUAGCCACCAUGCUUCUACACCUGCAUUGCUUGCUGUUUGGGGUUUUAGGCUGGGUUUCUGUACAGCACUUUGAGAUAUCAGCUGAUGUACGAAGGGCUAUAUAAAUACAUUUGAUUUGAUAAUAAUUUAUUAACAAUCCUUCUGCAUUAAAAAGUUGACUCACCAGCAGAUAUGAUUAUUGAACACAUUCUUAAAAAAUAAAGACUUGUUUCUAUACAAAAUGUCCUUAUUGUUCCAAAUGAAAUACCUACGCGGGGAGAAAUUAUGUUUUUAUAUUAACGACCACUCUAUGAAUACUUGUCUAUGAAAAGCAUAUAAUUUUGCAGGAAUCUUAUCAAUGUUAUAGUUACAAAGUAACAUAAAAUUGAGGCCACCAAAACGGGAGAAGAUAUAAUGAGGGAUGAAAUUCCAAAUUGAAGUUGGAUUCUUUAAAAAAAAAAUUGCCCAACUUAUCUUAAAAGUAGGGGAAAAAAAUUGAGGCCACCAUAUUCAUAUGAGUUCAUAAUGACAGAUUUCCUAAUAUAAUGUGUAUGAUUUUUCCAGAUGAAGUUGAAAAGCACCUGGUCAACUGCUUUACCUAUUUUGUUGUCAAGAUAAAGGGAUGCAUAAGGCUGCAUAAGUAAGUCUGGAGAUACCUUCAGCUUUAGAAAGCAAUACUCGACCUUCCAAGGAUAAAUCCUUCUGCAACCAAUGGUUCAACUUCUUUUUGGUUUUUUCAAUAAUAGGUAUAACAUUUUAUGAGCAUCUUUCCUGUUGAUCCUUAGAUAUGGUAAUCCCAAGGUAUGUUACCUUUUCCUUGACUGGAAUAUUGCAUAUAGAGGGUAUCACAUCGUCUUUAACAGCAAACAAUUCUCGCUUAUUACGGUUUAGGCUCUGUCUGUGACUACAUGUCAACAUGUCUGUUGUGUGCACAGUGCGCAUUACGUAACCACCCAGGCUCACUUUCUAAUUGGUGCAGAAGCUGUCAGUCCAAACCAUGCUCUCCAAUGGGCUUUCUGCUUUCUAUCAAACUCAGACACCAUGUUUUGUCCCCGGGGGCUUGGAGAUUUCUUGGAGCGUAGUCUGAAUGCCACUCAGAGGAGUGCGUAAACAGGAAUCUGGGCUUCAGACUCCGCGCUGGGUUUAUCCUAAAGAACUGAACUAAUCGAUAUGAGCCGCCCGUCCUCUGCGGGCGGUGGGGGCGGAGGACUCGGUUCCGGGAAAGCAGGCGGAGGAAAGCACGGCGGUUCGGGGGGAGCUGCUGCCUCAGCUGCAGCCGCCGGAGUAGGAGCUGUGGCCGGGUCUGGCUCGGCUCUACCUGUCGCUGCUGUUGCCUUGCCCUCAGCAUCGCUACAUGGACAAUCUGCUGAACUUACAGCCUUGUUCGAGUGCCCGGUUUGUUUUGACUACGUUCUACCACCGAUUCUGCAAUGCCAGGCCGGACAUCUUGUUUGCAACCAAUGUCGUCAAAAGCUGAGUUGUUGUCCGACUUGUCGCGGCCCUCUCACCCCGAGUAUCAGGAACUUGGCUAUGGAAAAAGUUGCUUCUACUCUACCGUUUCCUUGUAAGUAUGCGUCAGCCGGAUGCCUGCUGUCCCUCCACCACAGUGAGAAGCCUGAUCACGAGGAGGUGUGUGAGUUCCGUCCCUACACCUGCCCGUGCCCCGGGGCCUCCUGCAAGUGGCAGGGCUCCCUGGAGGCCGUCAUGCCCCACCUGAUGCACGCCCACAAGUCCAUCACCACCCUGCAGGGAGAGGACAUCGUCUUCCUGGCCACAGACAUCAACCUGCCGGGGGCUGUGGACUGGGUCAUGAUGCAGUCCUGCUUCGGCCACCACUUCAUGCUGGUCCUGGAGAAGCAAGAGAAGUACGAGGGCCACCAGCAGUUCUUUGCUGUGGUGCUGCUCAUCGGAACGAGGAAGCAGGCCGAGAACUUCGCCUACCGCCUGGAGCUCAACGGGAACCGGCGGCGCCUCACCUGGGAGGCCACGCCCCGCUCCAUCCACGACGGCGUGGCAGCCGCCAUCAUGAACAGCGACUGUCUGGUGUUUGACACGUCCAUCGCUCACCUGUUCGCCGACAACGGCAACCUGGGGAUCAACGUUACCAUCUCCAUGUGCUGAGCGGCUCUGAUGUGGAAACACAGACCCACAGGCGUCUCUCGUUCUCAGACUUACACAUGCGGUGGGCAGAAACCGGUGCACAGUGACUGACUGCUGUGCUGUACCUGCCUCCUGUGUGAUGCAGUAGACUGUGUGUGAGAGGAUAGGUGGGAUAUGGAGAGGAUGUGUGUGUUUUGCUGCUUGAGGCUCGUUGGCUCCCCAUAAUGCUUUAAUGGAGACUGGGCUGUAGAGUAGUUUCAGGGUGUUUGCCUGUCCUCUCAUAGUGCUUGAAUGGAGACUGGGCUGUAGAGUAGUUUCAGGGUGUUUGCCUGUCCUCUCAUUGUGUGUGCUGGAGACAGUGUACAGUAACCUACAUGCGGUGGGCUUUUGAUGACUGAUGCUCUACCCGCCCCCAGGACCCCUCCUCAACCGCUCCCACCCCACUCACCCCUACCACUCACCCUACCUCCUCUUCAGCCAACCAGUGCCAGGCAAGAAGGACACUGCCAGUGUAAGAAAGGGCGGUCAGUCAAUUGGCUGCCACACAGCGGUAUUCAGAGAACCUCCACUUCAUCCGUGAAUAGCCCCUGCAGAUGCCGCUUCCUAAUCCUCACAGCGAAUUAAGUUUCAGUAAGUUGGUCAGUGGACCAAUCAGGCCUCAGACGCAUAUGGGCAGAGUCGGGACCUGAGAGUGACCAAUGUGCUGCCUCGGUCUGGGUUAGUGUGAGCUAAGCCGGGGUUGUUCCUGCCCUCCUAAAGGACUGCACUGACUACUAACCAACUCCUUACUUUUCAGAACCGCAAAACUCAACCGUUUUCAUAAUUAGGCUGUCAAUUAUAACCCCAACCCUGGUGUGUAUAAUACAUAUUGGUGAUAGGUCCUGAUCUGAUUGGAAGUAAAAGACUGCAUGUAUGUCCGCCAUGUAGAAUAAAGACACUGAUCGGGUGUUUUGGUUUUAGGCUCUCGUCAUAAUGCAUCAUAAAGGUUGCAUAAUGUAAGCAUGGUAUCAAACCGGUCAUAAGCACUUUUUGGUGAAACCCCAGGGCCUAGUUAUUCACAUGGAUUCUGUGUUACAAUACAAACAACAAAGGCACAUUACUUCUCCAAAGUCACACGCUCUGUUGCAUAAAACUCUGAUAGAUUUGAAGGUUAGUCCCUUUCUUUGGUAAGGUCAGUUGUCAUACAAUUUCAUGAAUGAAAAACAGGUGUCAUGUCAUAUUUAAGAUGGCAUUAUGUUUGUUUUGACACAGAAAUCAUAUUUGUAGUGUGCGAGCCAGUACCACUACCACUACAGGAGACGGUACCACUACUGUUAUGAUUGUGUGUUUUUGUUUCUCUGCAGCCACUCCUCACCAACAGAGAUGAGCAGCAUGGUGGAAGCUUCGUUUUCUUAUUUGUUCCUCUGUAUGUCUCGUGAAACCGUUUGUUCUGCAGAACCUGGUUUAUCUUCGUUUCUUCUACUCUCUGAUUGACAUACUGUAAUAUGGGGGUCGUUUUGACUCUUCCCCUCUGGUCAGUCAACCCACCACAGCCUUACUUUUGUACGUAACCUAACUAGCACUCCCAAGUUGGGAAGGCGUCUGUGAGGAUGACGAAGUUAGACUCACUCAGACCCACCCUCAGUGUCUUCAACGGACUCUCAGUUUUUGUUGACUUUGGGGCAAAGUCCCAUGGCAUUGUGGGUAGAAAUGGGAAUUUCAUAGUACUCCAGCCAUGUACCUCGCCUUCACCCGGCGUCAUAGUAACCAAGCAACCAAAAACCCACCUUUUCAUAAAGUACCUCUGAUGACAUUGAUCACAGACAUGUCUGUAACCCAACAGAGUCCCCUCCUGCUCCCAGAGACACUGCAUAAUACCCCAAAUCACCCUCUGCUGAUCACCUCUGCCCCGUCUUAUAAGUAUUUGUAAUGUGUAAAUGUUGGAUGCCCAUAUAUUUUCUAAAAGCUGAUAGGAGGAGAUUCUGUGUUCAGUUGUGUUGAUCUGAGAUGUGUUUGUGUCCACGGUUACUCAAACUGUUGUACAUAGGUUUUGAGGUUAUUUUCAGAGCUGUUGUAACUACCUGCUAUCCUAUUUUAUUCUAGUGGUCAGUGUCCCUGCCUUACCCACUGAGUGGACAGACAUUUCUGCCAACACACUCUCCUUUGGGCAGCACAGCUCUGCAAUUGCUAUGGCUGAUUUGUAAUAUCGACAAAAAAUGCUGUGACGCUCACCUUUUUGUAACAUGGGCUUGAAGCCUUUAAUGCUGCAUCAGUUAUCAUGAGCCAGAGAGAACUGUGUGGAUUUCAUUCAUUGUUUAUGGGGCAAUGUGAGGUCAAAUCAAUGAAAACUAAGAGUCAGUGUCCACAAAAUUUGAUUUCAUGGUGCAUUUGUUUCCAUUGAAAACAUCUUUAGGUCCAGAUUUCUGCAGUUAUGUUUUGGGGCAGCAGGUAGCCUAGUGGUUAGAGCGUUGGGCGCUCGAAUCCCCGAGCUGACGACGUAAAAAAAAAAAAAUCUGUCGUUCUGCCCAUGACAAAGACAGUUAACACACUGUUCCCCGGUAGGCCGUCAUUGUAAAUAAGAAUUUGUUCUUAACUGACUUGCCUAGUUAAAUUAAAUAAAAAUUCUGGGCCCCUGUCCAUCCACGAAAAUAAAAAUGGUCCCGUGGCUGAAUGUAGUUGAUGAUUCCUGACCUUGGCUGUCAUUAUGUAGGCUAUAAAAAACAUGUCUAACUAUAACUCUUCAUCUGCUUAAGUGUUGUCCACUUGCACAAUGUUUUGUUCCGUAUGAUGUGUCAGAACAUUGAACAGAAACACAUUCCCAUCCAGCUGUAAAUCACCUAGAAUCAUUCUACAAACCAGAAAAGUACACACGUUCUUUAUGUACCUCGGGAAAUACAACCCAUGUCUUGUACAUCCAUAGUACACAUGACAUCAUAGACAUCUUUUGUACAGCCAGACCCAAUACUUAUUUUCUCCCAAGUUUAGCCGAAUCCUAUCCUGGGAUGUUUCUAUAACAGCUGUAUGGGUGCAAUUUCUUCACUUAAUUUCAAUUGGGUCCCUAACAAGUAUUUUCUUUGGGACACACAAACACACGUUUUCCUCUCCUGUCCAUCCCAGCCUGGCCUCUGUUAAUCUGGGGCCCGGGUGAAGGCAGCGGUUGACCUCUGACCAGUCUGACAAGUGAAGCUCAGACCCAGAAGUCAUUGAAAAAACGUUGAAUAAAUCACAUCACCUAGGUAACUAACAUAGUAUAGCAUUGACGAUCUAUCCAUGCAGCCAGACAACGGGGCGACCAAACUCCCAGUUAUUAGAGUGUGGCUUGUCUGCCUGGCCCCCCACUGGAAGAGGAGAAGGGUUACCUUCUAAGGACAAAAUGGUGGCUCGUCCUCUAAUAUCUCUAUACCCCAGUUGGGUUUUUUCAUUGGAGCCCCGGUGUGAUGAGAUUAAUAGAACUGAUGACAUUUACGGUGUUUCACAUGCCAACUAUCGACAGGUUCCUUCACACACUUAACCUCUUGGUGGAAUUAAAACAUUUCCUUAAUGGCAGGAUGUGCUUUACCUCUUUUUCCCUUUUAUGUUUUGACAAAAUGUUAAUUUAUUCUUGAUAUAUAUAUAUCUAUAUCUAUGCUUUGUUCUGUCUUAGAUGAUUAACUAUUGUGUUUUAAACAUCAUUCAGCGAUACAGAUGAAUUGCAGUUAAAAUCCUGUUGAGCAGGUAUGAGCUAAUGAUCAUGUAAAUACGAUCUUUCUUUGGUCUGAAUUAUUCCUUUUUUCCCCCAAAGUAUCUUGUUUGCCUUUGGUUCUUCACUGAAUUACAAAUUGUGUAAUGUUUUGGACAGUCUCUCUUCACCCAAAAUCACCUAUUUUUGGAGCCAAGAGGAAGCUCCUAUCUUGCGUUACCCAUAUUACUAUGUGUCUCUGUAUCACUUGAAAUCCAAUUUAAAAAAUAAAAUGUUAUUUAUAAGGCUUGUUAGAAACAAAAUCUUUGUUUAAAAAAAAAAAAAAAAACUUCAUUUUGUUUACAAGAGUAAAUCAUUGUCUGAUUAAGCAUUGUACAGCCGUUUGAGGGUAAAAUUUCAUUUGAAAUCCAGUUCCGAUUGAACUUUGCUGCUGUUGUGGAAACAGGCCAUGUUCUCAUGACUCAAGUCGUCAUCCACUGUUUGGCUCAGUCUCCACAUAACAGAGAAUAUGGAAUCAACAGGCUUGAUAUGGCUUAUGACAAAUACUAACAAUAAAACAACCAAUCAUA